CCUCCCCCCUCCCUCUCCCUCGCCCCUCGGACAGGAGCGCACCGCCUGCCCCCAGCUCCUCGAGAAGGGAGGAAUUUAGAAAAAAAGGUUUCCCAGAAGUUUGGAUCAGAGGAAGGACGGGAAGACCACGGGAGGAAGAGGGAGAGGGAGGAGAGAAAGGGAGAGGGAGGAGGGAGAGAGAAUAAAAAAAAGAUGAAGUCCAGUCUGCACAGCCUGUGAGCGCCUGCCCGGGUGGGUGGGAAGCAGGACUCGGGCGCUCAUGCAGCGAGCGGGUAGCGCUCGGGGCGCUCUUUCCUAGGGGCUGGGGCAGCCAGGGACGUCGGUCCGAGCCGGCGGCGGAGGGCGCAGGGGAGGGUGCCGAGGACCCGCAAAGCCGCCGCCUCAGUCUCGGCCGCCUCGCCGCCGCCUCUCCCAGGCCCGGCCCGGCGGGCGCUCGGAGCGUGAGGGCUCGGGCUGCUCCCUCUGUAGCGGGGGCGAGCGGGGGCCGGGGUGCGGGCGGCUAAGAUGAGUGAAAGGAGAAGAUCUGCAGUCGCCCUGAGCUCGCGAGCACAUGCCUUCUCCGUUGAAGCCUUGAUCGGCUCAAAUAAAAAGCGGAAGCUGCGAGACUGGGAGGAGAAGGGGCUGGACCUGUCCAUGGAGGCGCUGAGCCCCGCGGGCCCACUCGGAGACACGGAGGACGCGGCCGCGCACGGCCUGGAGCCUCACCCGGAUUCCGAGCAGAGCACUGGUUCAGACUCUGAGGUGAUCACUGAGCGGUCUUCCUGCUCCUUUGACACUCACGCUGACCUGGGCCCUGGUGCUGCAGGCCCUGUGCCUGCUGCCAUGUCUUCCAUGGAGGAGAUUCAGGUGGAGCUGCAGUGUGCUGACCUCUGGAAGAGGUUCCAUGACAUUGGAACCGAGAUGAUCAUCACCAAAGCAGGCAGGAGGAUGUUUCCUGCCAUGAGAGUGAAGAUCACUGGCCUGGAUCCACACCAGCAGUACUACAUAGCAAUGGACAUUGUACCUGUGGACAAUAAAAGAUACAGAUAUGUGUAUCACAGCUCCAAGUGGAUGGUGGCUGGCAAUGCUGAUUCCCCUGUGCCCCCAAGAGUUUAUAUACACCCUGAUUCUCUAGCUUCUGGAGAUACUUGGAUGAGACAGGUGGUCAGUUUCGACAAACUCAAGCUGACCAACAAUGAAUUGGAUGAUCAAGGACAUAUCAUUCUUCACUCUAUGCACAAAUACCAGCCUCGGGUUCAUGUGAUUCGCAAGGAUUUCAGCAGCGACCUUUCACCCACCAAAGCCGUUCCUGUUGGGGAUGGAGUGAAAACAUUCAACUUUCCUGAGACCGUGUUUACCACAGUCACAGCCUAUCAGAACCAGCAGAUCACCAGAUUAAAAAUUGACAGAAACCCUUUUGCUAAAGGAUUCAGAGAUUCUGGAAGAAACAGAACCGGACUGGAAGCCAUCAUGGAGACUUAUGCAUUCUGGAGGCCCCCUGUGCGCACGCUCACCUUUGAAGAUUUCACCACCAUGCAGAAGCAGCAAGGAGGCAGCACAGGCACUUCCCCAACCACCUCCAGCACUGGGACACCAUCCCCUUCAGCUUCUUCUCAUCUUUUAUCUCCAUCCUGUUCUCCUCCAACAUUUCAUCUGGCCCCCAACACUUUCAACGUGGGCUGCCGAGAGAGCCAGCUGUGUAACCUAAACCUCUCUGAUUACCCACCAUGUGCCCGAAGCAACAUGGCCGCCUUGCAGAGCUACCCAGGGCUGAGUGACAGUGGCUACAACAGGCUCCAGAGUGGCACUGCUUCAGCCCCUCAGCCCUCCGAAACCUUCAUGCCCCAGAGGACUCCAUCCCUGAUCUCAGGAAUACCUACUCCUUCCUCGUUGCCUAGCAACAGCAAGAUGGAAGCCUACGGUGGCCAGCUGGGGUCCUUCCCCACUUCCCAGUUUCAGUAUGUCAUGCAGGCAGGCAAUGCAGCGUCCAGCUCCUCAUCACCACACAUGUUUGGGGGCAGCCACAUGCAGCAGAGCUCCUACAAUGCCUUCUCUCUCCACAACCCUUAUAAUCUAUAUGGAUACAAUUUCCCCACUUCCCCAAGGCUAGCUGCAAGCCCAGAAAAACUGAGCACCUCUCAAAGCACUUUACUCUGUUCUUCUCCUUCCAAUGGGGCCUUUGGAGAGAGGCAGUACCUGCCUACAGGGAUGGAGCAUGGCAUGCACAUGAUUAGCCCCUCAGCCAAUAAUCAGCAGGCGACUAACACCUGUGAUGGCCGGCAGUAUGGGGCCGUCCCAGGCUCCUCCUCCCAGAUGUCCGUUCACAUGGUUUAGUGGCCAGUCCUAGCACCACCGAGCCUACAGCAGCCAAGGCCCCAGAGUCUCCAUGGGCAGAUCCUCCUCUUUGGGAGCCCAACGCCUUUGAAAAACAGGAACUGUGUAUUAUUAUUAUUAUUAUUUUUUUUACUGGAGGAGGAAAGCACAUACCCAAGAACAAGAGACAUUUAAGCCACUGAAGGAUACUUGUGGUGGAAUCAUCUCUGACUCAGUGGCCAUUCUCUUGCCUUCCCAAAUCUUAGUUUUAUAAAGCAUCAUCUCCCCAGAGUGGCCUUUGAAGAAACUGAAUAAUCAUUUUAUAAUAAUGUUAAGGGAGAUGCUAGCAUGUAGCAGUCAUGAAAAUUACCCACACACGAAUACAGGUCUAUACAUACAUACAUACACACAUCAUAUGUGCAUGCAUGCAUACACACAUACAUAUAUAUUCAUACACAAACUCAUCCAUACACAAACAUACAUGCACACGGACUCGGAACUGGGUGAACUCUGUGGAGGGAAGCCCAGCAUGGGUGCUUUCACCAAAAAUGUGUCUAGGUACAACAGUAGAUGGACUGGGCCAGCAGUAGCUGCCAGAGUUGCUCCUCUGCAGCUUACCCUGUUUCUGGAAUGAACCGUGUAUCCUGGAACCCCUUCCGGUCAGUGAGGGUGGAAAGACAUCAGUACUACAACUGGACCGGGCUUCCUGAGAAAGAUUGCUUUUGAACAUUGGCUCUCUUCAAUUGGUGUGCGGUCAUUGAUGUUCCCAGUGGUGCCUGUGAAAAGGGGAGUAAGAGCAGAUGAAAGAGAGAGAGAGAGAGAGAAAGAAGAACGAACAGAGACCAAGAGAGAGGUGGAGAGCAAGACUGAAUGAUGAAGUGAGAGCAACGAUGAGAGUUUUAAUUCACCGAGGAAAUGUGGUUUGGGUUUGUUUCUCCCCCUCUCCCCCACAGGUUAUGGAAGGAACCAUGAAGUCAUUGAGGAGUAAACCUCUCUGGGACACUGCAUGGUCAGAGCACUGGUGAGAAGCACCGGGACAAGGAAUGCGUCUUCAUGCCACAGUUCUGACCAUUGUGAUCCAGAAGAGAGGGGCGCCACACAGGAAGUGCUGAUUCCAGCGCAUGCAGCCUGGCAGGGGAAAGGAAGUAGAAGGAGUGUGAGGAAGGAAGGGUUUUAUAAUCCCGACAGAUGAUACCAGGAACAGAGGUGACAAAUGGAGGUCUGGCCUUCCGAAUGCCAGGUCCAGAUGCCUGACCUGGAUCACCUGCCCAUCACCCCUGUGGCAGGAGGAGUCCUGUCAUGUUCCAGAGAAUUGCAGAUGGGUCUUCUGCAUCCUUCGACCUGCCCUUAGAUCGCCAUUUUUUUUUAAUCAAAUAGUUCAUUGCAAUUUUGAAGUUUUGGAUUUUUUUCCUUCAUCUUUCCCUUCCCCUUCAAAUCCUUUAAUGAUAAGAAAACAAGUGAAGUUUGGUACAAGCUAAACUUUUUAAGUGGUGUGGAAAUGCAAAUAAUACCAAGUAAAAGAAUACAGAUAUUAUUAAGAGUUUUGGUUUUGAGGUGUUGUAGAUAAAUGUAUUUAUGUGCCUAGUGGGGAAUCCAGUAUUAUGAAUAUUAAAAAAGGGGGCAAUAAAAAGGGUAUGUAAAAUAUGUAUGAAGAAAAGGUGUAUAAAAAUUUGCCCUUAUGCACGGAACUCUGUUUCUAAGUGCCAAGCACAGAAAGCCGCUAAAUAAAAUCUUUGCAGUUGUUU